AUGUUAUGUACUACAAACAUAACUCUUAAAAGCACUUUUUUAAGCCAUCAAUCUUUUAAGCAAUGUGAUGGUGUUACACUUGUAUCAUUUCAGGUAGAAAUAGUUUCAGUUUUUGUCGACAUGACGCAUCACAAAAUGCGAUCAAAGCGUUGCGGCGCGGCGAAAGAAAAAGUGGAUAAAAUUAUUAAACGUUUCAAAUAUUUUACUUUUCAUCUUACACCCUCCGUAGCAAAAUUGGAAUCACACAUUUUAAUAAAGCUCCAACGUAAUAAACCAAUGAACACCGUUAGAUUAGCAGCUGUUGAUUUGUCGAAUUUUGGGAGCUACAAACAUAUCUACUAG